AUGGCGGACGCCGCCAGUGCCGGGGAUGCGGACACUCCCGAAGGGAGUAAUCGUGUCCGGCGUGACCUCAAGUUUGAGCCUCUCGCGCAAGACCCUUUUGUUAUCUCGCGUGACAAGAUGAAGUCAGGACAGACUGCGCCAGAAGAGGUUCGGUUCGCUGCUCGUGCGUGGUUGAAGCAGCGCAAGCUGCUGGGUGGGUACUUCUCACAGCCACGGUUCACUGCAGACGAGCGCUGGGUAUGCACAUGCAGAUGCACAGAGCACGACGCUUGUUUCAAAGGGGAAGGAGCCUGGUAUCAGUUCAGUGGCUCUUGGCAUUCUUCCCGCGAGUUCGACAGCCUGCGAGUGUCGCAAGCCGGAAACUGCUCUGGCGCAGGGCGACGUAAAGCUGCCAAGCAGAAGCCGCUCGAGCAGCAGCCAACUGUGGCCGAACUCCAAGCUGUCCAUAGGGCUAUAGAUGCUCUUUUGGAACGGGGUCUUCGACCGACAGCAAGCAACGUCGCCAUCCGGAUGGGCACAGACAGAGUGGCAACAGACAUCGUACGGUCCGUGCUGCAGCAACGCAAGAAGAAUUCCCAGCUUGACACAACUGCAGUUUUUCACGACUCCUGGCCUGCCUUUCAGGAACACAUUCGUCAGUACGAAGAUCCGGACUGCAAGCCACUGUAUUUUGCGGAGGUUACUUUGCGAGCUUUCAGCUAUGUGGCUCUGCUGCCGCAUUUCCUGGAGGCGCUGGGUCGGCUGUUGGCCGAUGAGCAGACUUGCAACAGCGGGUGGUGCAUGUGCGCGGACUUUGCACACACUUUGUGUGUCAUGAACUUCAAGUAUGCCGUUGUGUGUGCUGUCGUUUUCAGAAUGCUGAAUGGCGUGUGGAGGAGAACGCCGUGGCCUUUGCUGAUAGCAAGUGCACCCAUGGAGACCGGCGUGGGCUACAAGAGAAUCUUCACCCUACUCAAGCAAGAACUGCUUCGCAGGGGCAUUCGAGAACCGUCCCAGCUCAAUGUCGACCAUUUUACCGGCUCCAUGUCAGCAGCCAAGGAAGUCUUCCCCUCAAUCGUCGUCGUCCAAGAUGUGGAGCACAUGCGGCGGGCCAUCAUGCUGAAUCACAAGAAAGGUCGGCUGUCACUCUUGGCAGACCUGUGCCUGCUGCCCGGCCAGCUUUUCUUCCACUUGGUGAUGGACAUUUGCUUGCUUCGCAUGCGCCAUGUGUGGAAGGAGAUGCGCUUCGUGGCCUACUUCGAGGCCAACUACCUGCGGAAGCGCCGGGCCCCGCAAGGAUCUGGGCUCGAGGUGAUGCAUGAUGCGACCUGGCGUUUCGGCAUGGCGGGUCCUCUGCUGCGAGGGCAUCCGCCAACGCAACAAACGGCCGAACAGGCCAACGCAAAGGUCAAAAGAGAUGUGCGAGGGGGCGGCAACGUUUUGGACACUCACAUGGCCGUGGCCGAGGCCUUGCGCAGCGCUGCGGUGGUUUGGACGUCGCCCUACCAGCCAAAGGACGGGGCCAAGCCCUUGACACUCAUGGCAUCCAGUGAUGAAGCCUUGGCAACGAGAAGCCCAAGGGCGCCGGACAGGUGGAUGUUGGGAAAGCAGAUGUUUCGUGUUCGUCGGCCAUUUGGCUCUUUGGAGGCGUUUCCGCCAAUUCCAGCUUUGCUUCGACGGUUCCGACUGGCCAACAGUGUCUACAUUCGGGAAGACACCACAGGCCAGGGUGAGGCUGAAGUCCGCUGGGCUUGCGUGGCCACGAACAAGCCUCAGGCAGUGCCGCUGGGUCAGUUGGCGCUGAUGCGGGACAUGCUCCUGGAACGCAAAUCGGAGGCCUUGAUGCAGAAGCUGCUGGCCGCCAACAUUGUUGUUCCUGUUGGGGACCAGCGUGCGAAGUUCAAGUUCGACCGGGGAUCUUAUCAUGCGUGUUGGUCCAAGUUCUCUCUUGUCUGGACGAGAGCUCGCGACUCUCAGGUGCACUGUACAUGUUUUUUGCACAGAUGGGCAGGCCACUGCCCUCAUAGCUACGCACUCGCAGAGUACUGGGAUAUCCAGACCUUUCGCGGCGCUGACGUGCCAAAUGCUGCGCAGGCGGCGCAAGAAGCCAGGGAAGACGCAGGCUCUGAGGAAGAGUUGAACCCCCGUGCUCCGAAGCGAGCCAGACGUUCGCGGUGA